CCCGCAGGAGAAAAAGAGGGGAAGGGCGUCGACGUCACAAGCAGCUCUCCUGCUGAUAGGCGGCUCCUCCAGUGUAUUGAGCGGCCUUUGUCGAUGUGACAGAGCGAGGGGCGGGGCUUGACCAUCCCUCGCUAGGCUUGUUUUAGUCCUGCGGAGGAGCCUACCGGAAGUGCCGGCGUGAGGGGAUUCGGGGAAGCGGAGGUGAUUGAGAAUUGAGCAAAGCGUCCAGCAACCCAGCUCAGAUCUACCGGUUGCAGAAUGUCGUCUGAUGUAACAGAGGCACUAGAGGAGCCUGAAAACCUUUCCUAUGAAGAGUUGGAGGAGGAUGACAGUGUCAGCCCCACAGACUUGUCUGAGCUGCUCAAAGAAGGGACCAAGGAGUCACAUGAUCGGGCUGAAAACACUCAAUUUGUCAAAGAUUUCCUGAAAGGGCGCAUCAAGCGGGAGCUCUUCAAGCUGGGCACAGUGGCCCUCUACUUCACGUACUCUGCCCUGGAGGAGGAAAUGGAGCGCAACAAGGACCAGCCAGCCUUUACCCCCCUCUACUUCCCCCUGGAGCUGCACCGGCAGGAGGCCCUGGCCAAAGACCUGGAGUAUUUCUACGGGGAAGACUGGCGGGAGAAGAUCCAGUGUUCAGAGGCUACCCAGCGCUAUGUGGAGCGCAUCCAGCACGUUGGGCAGCACGAGCCCGAACUUCUGGUGGCCCACGCCUACACCCGCUACAUGGGAGACCUCUCGGGAGGGCAGGUGCUGAAGAAGGUGGCCCAGCGGGCACUGAGGCUGCCCAGCACUGGGGAGGGGAUCCAGUUCUAUGUCUUUGAGAACAUUUCCAACCCACAGCAGUUCAAGCAGUUCUACAGAGCCCGGCUCAACGCUCUGGACUUGGACAAGGGGACCAAGGAGAGGAUUGUUGGGGAGGCCAACAAGGCCUUUGAAUUCAACAUGCAGGUUUUUGAGGAACUGGACAAGAUUGGGGCUUUGUUAACAGAAGAAGCCCAAGAGGGCAGCCUCCCGGUGCAUGAUGGGAAAGGAGACCUGCAUAAGUGCCCCUACUAUGCUGCAAAACUCGCUGGCACUGAGGGCUCCAGCUGCCCCUGCCACCUGGCCUUGGCACUGCUGAAGCUGCCCACCAUCCAGCUGGUCCUGGCGGCCUGUGUUGCUGUUGCAGCAGGAGUUGCUGCUUGGUAUGUGAUGUGAGGCAGUGCACACUGCUGCUCCCUGGUGGCGGAAGGCGAUGGCGGCACUUGUUUAACAGGACUACUACUAUUUUCCACUGACUGGUGGAGUGAUUUAAUUGAGAAACCAUUAAACCCAAAUGCACAAUGAAUGAAUGAAUGAAUGGGGGAAAUGCCUGCCUGUCUGCACAUGAGGAACAUUUCAGUUGAUUAGCCAGUAACAUGGAGCUGGAGCCCCCGACUGGGCUGCUCUAUUAGCACAAUGGUUUGAAUGCCGAAGCUCUGCAUGGAGCCCUGGGGCUUUCCCGAGCAUGCAGCAGCUCUGCCCUGUUUGCCUUGUGCAGAUGGAGAGUGAGGUCUCGGCUACCAUGGGUGGGUUUGAACGGUUUGUCACUUCGGGAGGGGGUGGAGGGAGGCAGGAAGCAAGCCCUCUGCCCAUGCCCGCAACACCCUCCUGUUUUGUGGCAUUUCAGGUACAAAGUACAUGAACGGCUAACUUCCCAUUACUGAGGGAUCUUGUACAUAAGAGAAAUGCUAAUGGUUUAGUUUUCCUGUAACUUACGGACUGUGUUAAUGGCUCUGCCAUAAUAAAAUUUAUACUUUGGUGUCUUAAAA